AUGACAACGCCAGUCCCCCGAGGCUGCAGCAGCAGCAGCAUCGGUGCUGACUAUUACCUGCUCUGUGACAUGGAGAUGGCCUGGGGGAUUGUCCUGGAGUCACUGGCUGCAGCUGGCAUCCUCAUCACCAUUUUCCUCAUCUGCUCACUCUUCUUUCUCAUCUGUAAAGUCCAAGACAACAGCAAGAGGCACAUGAUUUCCGUCUAUUUCUUCUUUCUCUUAGGCACACUCGGCAUUUUUGGUCUCACUUUUGCCUUCAUCAUUAAACUCAAUGAAAGGACUCGCCCCACUCGCUUCUUCCUAUUUGGAGUCCUCUUUGCUCUCUGCUUCUCAUGCCUCCUCACGCAGGCCUGCAACCUCAACAAACUAGUGAGAGGAAGAAAGCCCUUCUCCUGGCUCGUGUUGCUGCUCCUCAUUGUUUCCUUUUUCCUAGUACAAGCUGUGAUCAGCACCGAGUACUUAGUCACCAUGCUAGUAAACCAGAAAGACAAAUUUCUGAGCAUGUCUGCGGAGGAGACCAACAAGGACUUUGUCAUGCUUUUGAUCUACGUGCUCUUCUUGAUGGCUCUGACCUUCUUGGUUUCUGUGUUCACAUUCUGUGGGUCAUACAAAAGCUGGAAGAGGCACGGGGCACACAUCUUUGUCACUGCCCUGUUCUCCAUUGCCAUUUGGGUAGUGUGGAUCACUAUGCUCUUAAAAGGCAACAUGGUUUUAAACAGACCUACCUGGGACGAUCCUGUUGUGGCUAUUGCUCUGGUGUCCAAUGGAUGGGUCUUCCUGAUAAUGUAUAUUGUUCCUGAAAUUUGUUUCCUCACUGCCCCUGUGAAGCUGGAAGACUACCCUCCAGAAAAUGACUUCUGCCAACCCAAGUUCAUAAAGCAGACAACUGGAGUGGACAACCGUGCUUACACCCAAGAUGAGAUUGUGCAAGGAGACACAGAAGUCCUCGGCUACUCCCCAUACUCUUCUCACCUUCCGAUGAAGACCAUUGAACUGAAAAAUGAUUUCUCCAUCCCUCGGCCCAAGGCCCGGACAAGCCCAUACCAUGACUACACUGGUGGGAAAGGCGCCAUGUAG